UGCCUCCCUUGAUCCGUGGUUGCGGACGGAUCGGCGGUGAGUGGUGCUGUGGAUCUCUGCCUUGCUCCGACGCUUGCGUGCCCUUCGAUCUUUGAUCGGUUUCUUCUCCUCCGCCGUCUUCUGAAGGGCCGGCGUGGGGAUUCCGGGAUCGUCUGAGGGUGCGCUAGGUUUCUUAUUCUCCGUACCCGAUCCUUCUUGCUUCGUUUGGGGGGGUGGCCGGGGCUCCGGCCUCGGCGGCUUGCAAAGCCCCCAUCCUGACAUAGAGAUCUGAGGAAGUAGGGCUUUCCCCUUUGUUUGUGGCCGCGACCGGGGAGAGAUGCCGGCCUUGGCGUGCGUAGAAGCCGCAGCGCCCCAUCCUGGCUACGGCUUCGAGUGGGACGGCGCUCUUCCAGCGCCGGGUGCGUACCCCCGCGGUGCUUCGACGACGGAGGGCGGUGGCGACCUGACCGCUGCAGAGUACCCCUCCCCCUGGUCUACCGACCUUUCCGCCGCACUCUACCGUAUUGACGGAUGGGGCGCGCCUUAUUUCUGUGUCAACGCUGCCGGCGACAUCGCCGUCCGCUCCUACGGUGCCGCCACCGUCUCCCACCAGGAGAUAGACCUGAUGAAGGUGGUGAAGAAGGCAUCCGACCCCAAGGCCGCUGGCGGGCUCGGCCUCCGCCUCCCGCUGCUCGUCCGCUUUCCCGACAUCCUGAAGCACCGUCUGGAGUCCCUGCAUGCCGCCUUUGACUUUGCUAUCCGGUCCAACAGCUAUGGUGCCUGCUACCAGGGCGUCUAUCCAGUCAAGUGCAACCAGGAUCGGUAUAUCGUGGAGGACAUCAUGGAGUUUGGGUUGCCGUUCGACUUCGGCCUCGAGGCCGGAUCGAAAGCCGAGCUCCUCCUUGCCAUGAGCUGCCUCACGAGGGCGAGCCGGAAGGCAUUGCUUAUCUGCAAUGGGUUCAAGGACGAAGAGUACAUUGCUCUCGCCGUCGUAGCCCGGAGAAUGGAUAUGAACACGGUGAUUGUUCUGGAGCAGGCGGAGGAGCUCGACACGGUGGUCGAGACCAGUCAGAGGCUCGGCAUCCGGCCAGUGAUUGGUCUUCGGGCCAAGCUUCGCACCAAACAUUCUGGUCAUUUCGGGGCCACCUCCGGCGAGAAGGGCAAGUUCGGGCUGACCACCGCCCAGAUUCUAUCUGUUGCUCAGAAGCUCCAGCGCCUCCAGAUGCUCGAUUGUCUCCAGCUUCUGCAUUUUCAUAUUGGCUCUCAGAUUCCAUCCACGGCGCUGCUCUCCGAUGGGGUUGGCGAGGCUGCUCAAAUCUAUUGCGAGCUCGCGAGGCUAGGAGCCGCGAUGCGUGUCAUCGACGUCGGCGGUGGGCUCGGCAUUGAUUACGAUGGCUCUCGAUCUGGUGGAUCGGACAUGUCGGUUGGCUACGGCCUCCAUGACUAUGCCAGCGCUGUAGUUCGGGCGGUGAUGUUCGCCUGUGACAGGAAGCAUGUGCGUCACCCGAUCAUUUGCAGCGAGAGCGGUCGGGCUCUCGUGUCUCACCACUCGGUGCUUAUCUUUGAAGCGGUGUCAUCCACUACAACCAAGGCCGAGCCACUGUCGUCCAUCGGCCCCAACUUUGCGUCCCUUCUGGAGGAGCUUGCGGAUGAUGCUCGUUCUGAUUACCACAACUUGAGGGCGGCUGCCUACCUCGGCGAGUACGAGACCUGUGCUCUGUAUGCUGAUCAGUUGAAGCGGACGUCCAUCGACCAUUUUAAGGACGGCAUGCUUGGCCUCGAGCAUCUGGCGGCUGUUGAUGGUCUCUGCGAGCUGGUUGCGCAGGAGCUGGGGGUUGCUGAUCCGGUGAAGACGUACCAUGUCAACCUCUCAAUUUUCACCUCGAUGCCUGAUUUCUGGGCUAUUGGACAGCUCUUCCCUAUAAUCCCAAUCCAUCAUCUCGACCAGCGGCCAGGAGUUAAGGGGAUUCUAUCUGACCUGACAUGCGACAGCGACGGGAAGGUCGACCGGUUCAUCGGCGGGCAGUCGAGCCUCCCAUUGCAUGAGCUCGGGAGAGGAGGUGUAGGGGGUGGCGGAUACUACCUGGGGAUGUUUCUUGGCGGGGCUUACCAGGAGGCGCUCGGGGGGCUGCAUAACCUGUUCGGGGGGCCGAGCGUUGUGCGGGUGUCGCAGAGCGAGGGCCCGCACGGCUUCGCGGUGACGCUGGCGGCGCCUGGCCCCUCGUGCGCGGACGUCCUGCGAGCGAUGCAGCAUGAGCCGGAAGUGAUGUUCGAGUCGCUCAAGCACCGCGCGGAGGAGUGCUCGGCCGGGGACGCCGUGUCGUGCGCCGUCGCCCGCGCCUUUGACUCCAUGCCGUACUUGGUCCACUCCCGCGCCGACCCUGUCUGCGCUAGCGACGGGGAUCGCACGGAUGGGAUGGGCGGCGACUCGGAAGGAUGCGGCUGCUGCGUGUGCGGCGAGGAGGAAGGCGAGGAGUGGACGUUCAUGCGGUGCUUGAGCGUGUGAAGGGGGCUUGGCGGACAAGGUGAUGGUGAUGUCCUCUGCCCUCUCGAGAGUAGAGAAGGCGGGGGCGCAUCCUCGUUUUAUUGUUGCUGCUGCAGCUGCUUUUUUAUUCGAUCCAAAUUAAGAGGUGCCUGACUUGUAUUAGGUAUGAGCAUCUAGCUUUCUGCUGUUUCUGCUUUCCGCAGCCCUGUUAGACUUGGUUUUGUUUUGGUGGGGGACACUGUUGGUUUUAUUCGAGCCAUUCUAUGGAUUUGAAGGACCCAA